CGUGCCAAGGGGUGCAGCACCCAGCCGAGCCGUGCCAAGGGGUGCAGCACCCAGCCGAGCCGCGCCGCGCCACUGCCGCCAUGGGGGUGGAGAUCGAGACCAUCUCUCCGGGAGACGGACGGACAUUUCCAAAGAAGGGUCAGACAUGUGUGGUGCACUACACAGGAAUGCUACAGAAUGGAAAGAAGUUUGAUUCCUCCAGAGACAGAAACAAGCCUUUCAGGUUCAAGAUUGGCAGGCAAGAGGUCAUUAAAGGAUUUGAAGAAGGUGUUACACAGAUGAGCUUAGGACAAAGAGCAAAGUUGACCUGCACACCUGAGAUGGCCUAUGGAGCCACAGGCCACCCUGGGGUCAUCCCUCCCAAUGCUACUCUCCUCUUUGAUGUGGAGCUUCUCAGGUUAGAGUGAAUCUUCUCGAGGGAGUUGGCUGGAGACGUCUGUUAAUAACCAUCCGUUCUUUCUCGCCUUGCCAGCAGUGGGAGAAAUUGUCACUGGAAAUCCCAAUCUUCCCUGCUCAAGCUGUCCUGUCAAUAGCGCCUGCCGUUCGGUUUCUUACGCCUUCAUUCUCUUUUUUAACUUUGUGGUGUCCGUAUUUGCCUUUUAUUAGAAGCUUUGCUUUGGAAAAAUGUCUACCUUUGUGGCAUUUUCAAGUUGUACAUUUUAUUUAAUUUGCAUGUAAGAAGAAUUCACAGUGAUGAUUGAAAAUAUAUAUAUAAAUAUAAAUAUAUCUAUAUAUUCCUUAUUGAAAAACCACUGCCUUACUGUACACUUAAACCAAGAAAAAAAACCACAAAAGGUGCUCAAAAAAAAAAAAAUCCAAUGUACGCCUUGUACAUGAACGGGCAUUAGCCAAACAGAGUUACCUGCGCUGCCACUUUUCUCAACUUGUACGUUCUGCUUGCUGCUGUUUUAAAAAAUACUGUCUCAUUUAAGAAUUAGAAUUAUAUAUAUAAAACAAUAAAAUCUUGGUACUUUACA